CUAUGGCAGAGUGAGGAGUAAAUGGCUCAGAGUAUCCGCGGUGGAAACCGACCUAAACACUGGUCUGGGAACUGAUAAACAAACACAACAAAGCGCGGUGCGUAAAAGCUUUCCACGGCGCAGUUGUGUGUGCCAGUUGUCCAAGAAGCCAAGAAGACUCCGACGGGGUUUUUUUUUUCCUUUUUCUUUUUUUGGUUGUUUAUUUUUGUGUGUGUGAAAAACGAGGAUAUCUUAAUUGGACAUGUGAGUUACGGGAGUUAACAAGACAAGCAGCCUUUCUACAAAGAUGAAGUUCCCCGCCUGCGUCCUAGUCACUUUGGUGGUGAUCCGAUCGAGUGCAGCACAGUCAGUUUGUCCUGGCACCGAGAACAAGCUGAGCACCCUGUCUGACCUGGACCAGCAGUACCGAACCCUCAAGAAGCUCUACGAGAACUGUGAAGUUGUCAUGGGCAAUUUGGAGAUUACCAGCAUCGAUCGAAACCGCAACCUCUCCUUCCUCAAGUCAAUCAGAGAAGUGACCGGCUACGUGUUGGUGGCUCUCAACCAGUUCGACUACCUGCCGCUGGAGAAUCUACGGAUCAUCCGCGGCACCAAACUGUACGAGGAACGCUAUUCUUUGGCCAUCUUUCUCAACUACAGGAGGGACGGGUACUAUGGCCUGAGGCAGCUGGGCCUGCGCAACCUCACAGAGAUACUGAAUGGGGGUGUCUACGUUGACCAGAACAAAUUCUUGUGCCAUGCGGACACCAUCCAUUGGCGUGACAUUAUCAAGAACCCCCAGGCUGAACUGCUGGUGGUACCAUCCAACAACAGCAACCUCGGAUGCAGACGCUGUCAUCGCUCAUGUAACGGACGCUGCUGGGGCCAUCAGGAAGACCAGUGUCAAACCUUGACAAAGACGGUGUGUGCAGAGCAGUGUGACGGUCGAUGCUUCGGGCCUUACGUCAGCGACUGCUGCCAUCGCGAGUGCGCCGGCGGCUGCUCGGGCCCCAAGGACACAGACUGCUUUGCUUGCACCAAUUUCAACGACAGCGGAGCAUGUGUGACCCAGUGCCCACAGCCGUUCGUGUACAACCCCACAUCUUUUCAGCUAGAGCACAACCCCAGAGCCAAGUACACCUACGGAGCCUUUUGUGUCAAGAAAUGUCCACAUAAUUUCGUGGUGGACCACAGCUCCUGUGUCAGAGCGUGUCCCAGCAACAAGAUGGAAGUGGAGGAGAACCGCAUCAAAAUGUGCAUCCCCUGUACCGACAUCUGUCCUAAAGUGUGUGAUGGCAUAGGGACGGGCAGCCUGCAAGCAGCUCAAACAGUGGAUGCCAGCAACAUUGAAAAAUUUGUCAACUGCACCAAAAUCAAUGGCAACCUCGUCUUCCUCAUUACUGGUAUUAAAGGGGACAUGUAUCAUGGCAUUGGACCUAUGGACCCAGAGCGUCUUAACGUGUUCCGCACUGUGAAAGAGAUCACAGGUUAUCUCAACAUCCAGUCUUGGCCUGAAAACAUGACAGAUCUGAGUGUUUUUUCGAACCUGGCAACUAUUGGAGGUAGAUCUCUUUACAGUGGAAGCGGCAUUUCUCUGUUGAUCUUGAAGCAGCGUUGGAUAUCCUCGCUUCAGUUCCAGUCACUGGACGAGAUCAGCGCCGGAAACGUAUACAUCUUCAACAACAGCCACCUGUGCUUCUACAACACUGUAAACUGGACGGCUCUCUUCAGGACGCCGAGCCAGAAAGUCCUUGUCCGCAACAACCGAGAUCCGAAGGAAUGCACUCAGCAGCGAAUGGUGUGUGAUCAGAUGUGUUCAGACGACGGGUGCUGGGGCCCGGGGCCUGACCAGUGUCUUUCCUGCCGAUAUUUCAGACGAGGCCGCAUCUGUGUUGAGUCUUGCAACCUCUUUGAUGGGGAAGUGCGUGAAUUUGCCAAUGGAUCUGUGUGCCUGGAGUGUGAUAGCCAGUGUGAGAAGAUGGAUGGGAACACCAUGACAUGUCUUGGCCAGGGCCCGGACCAAUGUGUAAAAUGCCUCCACUUCAAAGAUGGACCCAACUGUGUGGAGAAGUGCCCUGAUGGGUUGCAAGGGGCCAACAGUUUCAUUUUCAAAUACGCCAAGGCCAACAACGAGUGCCAUCCUUGCCAUGCCAACUGCACCCAGGGGUGUGUCGGGCCAAGACUCCAAGAUUGUGUUGGGAUGAUGGACAGGACACCACUAAUAGCAGCUGGCAUUAUCGGCGGCCUAUUCAUCAUCGUCAUCCUGGCACUCAGCGUGGCCGUUUAUGUUCGGCGCAAAAGCAUCAAGAAGAAGAGGGCCUUGCGACGCUUCCUGGAGACGGAGCUGGUGGAGCCACUGACCCCCAGUGGAACAGCCCCUAACCAGGCUCAGCUGCGGAUCCUGAAAGAAACAGAGCUGAAGAGGGUCAAGAUUCUGGGAUCGGGGGCUUUUGGAACAGUCUACAAGGGCAUCUGGGUCCCAGAGGGCGAGACAGUGAAGAUCCCUGUGGCCAUAAAAAUCCUCAACGAGACCACCGGCCCUAAAGCCAACGUGGAGUUCAUGGACGAGGCCCUGAUCAUGGCCAGCAUGGAGCACCCCCACCUGGUGCGUCUGCUGGGCGUCUGCCUGAGCCCCACCAUUCAGCUGGUCACCCAGCUCAUGCCCCACGGCUGCCUCCUUGACUAUGUGCACGAGCACAAGGACAACAUCGGAUCGCAGCUGCUGCUCAACUGGUGUGUCCAAAUCGCCAAGGGGAUGAUGUACCUGGAGGAGAGGAGGCUGGUCCACAGGGACCUGGCGGCCCGGAACGUGCUGGUGAAGUCGCCCAAUCACAUCAAGAUCACCGACUUCGGCCUGGCGCGGCUGCUGGACGCCGAUGAGAAGGAGUACAACGCAGACGGGGGCAAGGUUGGUAUGCCCGUUAAAUGGAUGGCUCUGGAAUGCAUUCACUACAGGAAGUUCACCCAUCAGAGUGACGUGUGGAGUUAUGGAGUGACCAUCUGGGAGCUGAUGACAUUCGGAGGCAAACCGUACGACGGCAUCCCCACGCGAGAAAUCCCAGACAUUCUGGAGAAAGGGGAGCGUCUGCCCCAGCCUCCCAUUUGCACCAUCGAUGUCUACAUGGUCAUGGUCAAAUGCUGGAUGAUUGACGCGGACAGCAGGCCAAAGUUCAAGGAGCUGGCUGCUGAGUUCUGCAGAAUGGCCCGUGACCCCCAGCGGUACCUAGUCAUCCAGGGAGACGACCGCAUGAAGCUUCCCAGCCCCAAUGAUAGCAAGUUCUUCCAGAGCCUUCUUGACGAAGAGGACCUGGAUGACUUGAUGGAUGCUGAGGAGUAUCUUGUGCCUCGAGGUUUUAAUGCGGCUCCUCUGUCAUACACAACCAGGCCCCGGGUGGACUCCAACAGAAACCAGUUUGGCUAUCGAGAUGGUGGUCCAAACCCUGCAGAGGGCUCUAUGGCAAGUGCUCAAGCCUGUGCGAACCAGGAAGCCACAGGCAGUGGACCAGUUCCGGCCCUGGAGGACCAACGCUGUAAUGGGAGCCUGCAUAAGAAGAGCUUGAGCCAGGCUGGGGCAGAGGACAGUGUUGGCCAGAGGUACAGCGCUGACCCCACCAUCUUCCUGGGGGAGAGGGCGUCCAGAGGGGACACUGAUGAGGAUGGAUACAUGACACCCAUGAAGGACAAGACUUCCUCAGAAUACCUGAAUCCCAUUGAGGAAAACCCGUUUGUCUCACGACGUAAAAAUGGUGAGAUCCACGCCUUGGAUAACCCAGGCUACCACAGCACACCCAACAGCCAGCCCAAAGGAGAGGAUGAAUACAUCAACGAGCCGCUCUACCUCAACACCUUCCACAGCCCUGCUGAGCUGGGCCUGGAAGCCCUGAGGAGAAAUGGUCUACCCCUACCCACCCAUCCUCCUUCUUCGAUCUCAGCCACAACUUCAGGCUCCCACCUCCCGCUUACCAUCCAGACCAGUCUGCCCCACUACCCCCUCCCUUUGGCCCAGCCUUCUCCAUCUGGCAUGCCUUGCCACCAUGGCCCACCAACCCACAUCCUCCACACCCACCACACCAUCAAACCUGCAGGACAACCUGGCAAUCCAGGUGGCAGCUCCGCCAGCCAGAGCCAAACAGGAACUACUGCCCAAGCCCAGGUGUGUCAGUCAGGUGCCCUGUCCACUUCGGCCACCAUUGGGCACGGCAGCCUGCCAGCGUACCAGAGCCACGCCACCACGCACCCCGCCAGCUUGCUGAAGCAUGGUGGGCUGACAUCAGGGAAAGUCAGCGGGAAGAAGCUGAAGGUGACCUUUGACAAUCCAGAAUACUGGCAGCACAGCUUGCCUCCAAAAUCAUCUAACCAGGCAGCCCCUGACGGUGCCCAGGGAGGUUCCACCAACGCCAAGCUCUUCUAUAAGCAGAACGGACACAUACGGCCGGCGGUGGCUGAAAACCCUGAAUACAUGUCUGAGUUUUCCCUGAAAUCUGGCACCGUCUUGCCACCUCCACCCUACCGGCAGCGGAACACUGUGGUCUAGAUUGUUCCACUUGACAAACGUUCCUCAAUCAGACUCUAGCCUCCAGCAACCCAGACAUCCUCUCCGGUUCCACUGUUCCACACAGAGGGGGGCAGCCACAACCAGAACCGCCCCCCAACUCUUUCCAAAUAAUGAACCAUCUGCUGUAGACUGUAGCAACAUCAGAAGGAGGUGGACUGAACCGAACCAAGCAGACCCAACUCAGACUCACGCACCUUCAAUCCAAUCCAGUCCAUUUCUGUUCUGUAGAUAGAGACUGCGCUCCAUGUCACUGAGAAUGUGAAGGUUAUGGUAGUUUUUGGCCGACAACGGACACAUGAUUGUCGCACAGCAGUGGAAGUACCACGUUGUCCCAGUGAGGUAGACCAGAACGACGUCAGACAAGAUGGAUUUGUCUUAGGGGACCUGAACUCACUGCCAGCCACUGCGGUGUCAGAUUCAUGAGAGGAAUGAGAUGUUUUAGUAUAUUUUGUUUUCUGGUAAAAAAAAAGGUCUGCGGAUCCGAGGAACAAAACCCUUCUGAGGGUUUCUGAAAUAGGCAAACAGACGGCGCAAAUGUCGUUUGAUGUCAAGAUGUCUUGUUAUGUGAAUGACCUUGUUGAAUGAAAUGAAACAAAAAUGAAAAAGACUUUAAUGUUUAAGGUUUAGUCAGGAGAGUGGCUUCCACUAACAUAAAAGACGGAGCACCGAAGGCUAAUCAAGCAUAUUCAAAUCGUUUUGACUAUGGGAUUAUACUGGACAUUCUCAAAUUUUCCAUCAAAAAUGUCAAACUCAUCUCAUCUUUCGACUGUAACUGUGAUACUGUGAUGGCCAAAACUACAGUGAUCCCUCCUUUCACAUUUGUAGUUCAACCAUGAACUGUUGAACUUGCCUGAAAACACACAGGCCACAUGCUGUUCUGUUGAUUUUGCUUUACUGCUGUCUACUUGGAAAAGCUGAUCAAAACCAGCUUUUUCCAAGUUAAAGGGAAAAAAUACACUGUAAACAUUUUUAUAAACACUGGUUGCAGUGCUGAGAAGAUGGAUUUUUGUACACUGGUUUUCCCUUUCAUAUCAUGAAGCUAACUAAAAUGAGUUAAGAGUGUCUUGCCAUUAGAGUGGGAGGACAUUUGGGGAAAUUGCUGUAUAUGUGGAAUAGUGUGAUGAGACCAUCCAUAAAGCAGCUGAACUCAAAAUGGUGAUCAUAGAGACAGAGAAUGAGGGAGAGAGCAAAAGAAAGAAAAACAGAGGGGAGGGAAAGUUCAUGCAAGCUGCCUAAUGAAGACCUCAAGGAAUGAACAAGACAGCACCAGCAAAGCACAGUAAAAACAGACUACUUUGUGUGUGUGUGUGUGUGUGUGUGUGUGUGUGUGUGUGUGUGUGUGUGUGUGUGUGUGUGUGUGUGUGUGUGUGUGUGUGUGUGUGUGUGUGUGUGUGUGUGUCUGUGUGUGUGUGUCUGUGUUUAUGUCAGUGUGAAUGUUUGUGUUCACAUACAAGCGAGCCAGUUUGGCCUCACAGGAAUAUCUGUGGUAAAAAGAGAUGCGGCAGAAGUCGGUGAUGACAUGCUGUCAACCUUCAGUACCACUGCUAACCAAUACUGCACUCUGUACUGGUGUGACCUCAAACAAGGCUUCCACCAUGCGACUGCAGUCAAGUAGAAAUCACUAUAUUUUUAAUGUCACCAGUUUGAAUAUAAAGCUCACUGAGUGGCCCAACAGGACAUGGACACUGUGUUCCUGCAGCCAAUUUUUAUGUAAGCUGUUGAUUAAUCAGCGGCACAUUGUAAAUCAACAGCCUGUCCAUAAUGAUUUAUUUGGCUUGGUCUGAGGUAGCAAAGAAGACCCGAACUAUUUUAAACCAUUACAUUAUUCAACAAAGAUCAAGACUGCAUAUGUGUUCUCAUUAGGCUGACUUUUAAUCUAAAGUUAGUAGCGGUAGUGCUACCCGCAGUCAUAGCUCUAUAAACUACUAAUCUAUUGACCUUGUCUUCUAGAAAUUACAUUCAUAUACAACUAAUACCUUCCAGGUUGUUUUUUUAUCAACAUAAUGAAGAAAUUAGUAAAAUGUUCACCAACAACAUAUUUUUCACAGCAAAAUAUCCAAUAUCUACUCAUAGCAAUUAUGUACAGCGUUUUAAAACUUUAUUAUUUUUAAAUGAAGGUACACAGCCCUAUUAAUAUUUAACCAUAACCAACUUCUUUUACUAACCUUUCUGUUGCAUAAACAUAACCCUAUUAAAGAUACAAACUCUGCUCUCUAACUUCUUAAUUUUGUCUGAAGUAUUCCAACCUAGUUUUACUCCUGAGAACACCAAUAGAGCACUAAUUGCCCCUUUACUCUAGAGAAUCGCUCUGGCCCUCACUACUGAUGCCUCUGCAGGCAAACUGCCAGUCAAUGCUGCUAAAAGCGCUGGUGUUACAGCCAUUAUUUCUUCCACCAAGCCAUAUUGAACACCUUUGGGUGGGAAAACACCACGAAGCUUGCCAAACUUAGGAGAUCAAGGUGAACAUUUUGUAAUGAUGGUCGCCUCAGAGGUCCUCUUGCAAUAUCUUCCUAGAAUCACAUCUUAGUCCAAUCAAUAUGAGCAAAAUCUUGUAGUUCCUGAACCUCUGGCAAGUUUUCCCAGCCAUUAUCUGUGGAACAUGAACAUUAUUGCUUUGUCAUUGUUUUUAACAGCUCUUGAUCAUUCUGUGUCGGCAGCAGAGCCUUGUCCAGGCUGUUUUCUUGUGUAGGGUGUUUAUUUGGUGUAUUUUAAUGUCUGUGUGUGCGUUUGUGUGAAAGUGUUCGUCUGAGUGAGCUUGUAUAUGUUUGUCCUCCCCAUGGAGCACUUUGAUCAAACCCGUGGGUAGAAAGAAAGGAUUUCCACCCUUCGUUACUGAAAUAUUCAACUUGUUUAUCUGGUCGUUUACCACUUCAGAAAGGAAAAGCUUUAGCAAAGGAAGGUACUGCGGCCAGGAGUUCACGAAGAAGACACAUUUUAGGAGGUGCUGACCAGCUUCAAGAAUGUCCUUGUUUCCAAGUUUUAUGUUUGCUUCAAACAGUAUGUAUAAUGCUGCUUUGAUGAUAUCAUGACUAUUUGAUGAAGGAGUAUUUUGUAGUCCCUUUUGGAGCUCUAAUUCAAUGAAAUAGAGACAGCAUUUAAUAUCAAUGUGAAAUAUUUAUAGCGCAUUUGAGCUUGUUUAUACAGAACGAUGGAAGAGUCUGCCAAAUCUGGGUUUCAAGAAGAAGAAGAAGAAAAAAAGAAGAAAUGCGCAAUGGUGGUGAAAAGAAAAACACAUGCAUUGAUUUCUCUCUUGUUUGGCCUAAAUUAUACUGCAGACCCAGGCAAAAUAUGUGUUUGUUUCAAGAAUAGAUUAGACUGAAACACUGAUGAGACGACUGGCCUCGCAUGUUCUCGAGAGCACUAUCCCAGAGACACUCAGCAACCCUCCACUUUUAAUAGAAUCUUCUCAAGAGUUUAUUGCCACAAAAGGUAGAAAAACAUUCCUGAGCAUCAAGACACAAGUUUGUCAAGUAUUGCUUUUGUCAUCUUAAGGCCUUGGUUAUCUUUCUAAAGUACCACAAUUUGUUUUCCUUCUAAAGAAGCCAUCAUUUUCUCCCUCUCUAUUAAUAUUCUUGUUUCAAACAUAUUUUGCCUUGGCAUUGACCCGUGUUUCCUGCUGCUACUUGUCUCAACCCUAAACACUCUUGUGGCUCAGAAUGCACCGUGGCAACAUGACUGAUCACUUUUUCUUAUUUUUUACUCUUUACUGUUUCCUCUCCAAGCCAAGGUGCAGAGGCAUGUAGCCAUGUUGUACUGAAGUGUAUCCUUAAAUAUUUCAUCCUCAGCAGACACCCACGUUAUAGGCUGCGAUAGAGUCUAAUGUAUAGUACAAUAUCACCUUGCAUGGUACCAAAAGUGAGUGUUUUACUGCCCUCCACCUUUGUAUCUCUUCAUUCAUGUCAAUAUUAUAUUCAAAUGUCUGUCCAGGGAGUGGACAGCGUGGAGGAAAUAACCAGAUUUUUUUACUGAAUUCAGUAGCACAAACUGGCAGACCUUAUUUCUGAAAUCUUUCAUGGUAUUUUUCGUGUAUGGUACCCUAUAUAGUCUUUUAAUAUUGAGUUUUAUUUUUUCCAUAUUAUCAAGGAUGUUUUUCCUCAAGGAAAACGACUUGAAUCUAUAUGUGUUUUUUUCCACUAUUUUUGUGUCGAUUACUGUACAAUAUUUAACAUGUUUGUCAUUGUAGCUGCAAAUUUUUAGUUGUUCUUAUCUUAAUUGCACAAAUCAUUGCUUAUGAGUGGAGGUCAUUCAUUCUCUGUGUUCAAAUGAUCAGAUCAGUAUAAAUGUACAGAAUCUUUGGGGUUUCCUCCAAAACUUAUCUAACACACUUCAACAACAAAUGUGAAUAGUAUUUUUAUAAAGCACUGAAAUGGCCGACGUGGUGAAUUUGUAAAUAAGGAGGCGACGCUUUGAAUUUAUAUGGUCUUGUCUCCUACUGCUGUUUUCUCCUGCUUAUAACAACUUGUACAAAAAGAGCCGUACAUAUUUGCUUUAUGUAAGUGUACCUUUUGACUAAUGGGAGUUUGAUUUUCAAAGUGCUUGUUGAGCCUUUCUCAUGUGAAAACUCUUGUUUGGUGGCCCUUUUUCCAGAUCUUUGUGGCUGUCCUCAUGUAAUGUUUCAGUUAAAUGUAAAAGUGGUGAUGGUGGGUAUGGGGGUGGGAAGGGGCGGGCUGUUCAAUCCACCUUGUAUCUCUGUUUGGCUUCCCCAUGCCUGCCAUGUUUCAUUCACUCAGUAUUGAGAACACCCCAGAACAAGCAAAUAAUACCUUAUUUUCCCUCUUUAUCUCUCCCUCUUUCUAAUUCCCAUACAACUGAAACCAGUGCUGCCAGCCACCCCAGAUAACCUGUGUUAUCUCCUCCGUUACUUUCUACUGGAAAUAUUACUGAGCCAAGUCAGACCUCCUCCUCCCUGAAAGGCAGAGCACAGCCUUCAUGGUACAACCCAUUUUUCAGCUCAUUUCAGAUUUGUUUUGCAUGCUUUUAGAGGAGACAUAGUAGAGAAAAGGCGUUUCUCCCCUCCUCGCCUACGUUAGCUUUCCAUACUUCCCCCAUUGUCCAAGUUAUUUGAAACCACACCCAAAGCUUUAUAUCAUAGAAAUACCGUUCCUCAUGUUUGUUACAUGAAUCUGUCAAAAGUAUAUUUUUAAUUUAAUAUAAAUAAAGAUUGAUUCAGUAUA